AUGGUGACAGUAUUGAAGCUAAGAGGUUCUUCACCAAAUUCCUCUAGAAUGAGUCUUGUAAUACAUCCAUUUGUUUCCAUGUCUGCUACUGAACAGGGCUGUGUUUAUGUUGUUGAUGCAUAUAAAAUCUACUGGACAAGCUGCUUGAAAGGAUCUCUUUCAGGGAAAAUGGUGAUGCGUUUGGUUGAAGCAAUAGAUGUGUAUCUUGCUAGGACAGUUAUACUGAUAUUUGCAGUGGGUUUGUAUGGAUUUUUCAUCAGUAAUGCACCAAAUAGUAUAGCACCAGAAGAUGAUCGUGCUAUAAAGGUGUUUGACCUGUAUUGGACUUGCAACGGGACCAUAACUGAUUACAGAAAUGAAGCAAGCUAUGGACCAAAUCAUGUUGUUCUUGCUGGGUGGAUUCGUGGGAAGGAUCCAUCAAGAGUUUUACACUAUGAAUAUUGGGAAACAAUCGAUAGCACAUUUGGUCUGCAAGGAGGGUUUAUUUGGGAUUGGGUUGACCAGGGGUUACUCAAGGAAAAUGCAAAUGGUAGCAAAUACUGGGCAUAG